UUUUCAGAAUAUACAGAAAAACUGAAGUCAUCCAUUAAACAGCAAACCGAUUUUCUGUUGUCAGAGGAAAAGGACAAGAAAAUUAGAACCGAUGACAUCUUUACGAAUGUGACUAUCCAACGCGGUCCAAAACACUUCAAGGAACCCAAAGAAAGGAGAUUUGGCAGGAGGCAAUUGGAUGAAUAUCAAGCGAGUAGUACAAAACUCACGAACUGUUCAGAAAUGUUUGUUUGCCCAGAAAAUGAUGAUCAGAAAUCUGCAGUUUCUUGCACGACCAAUCCUAAAUCUAUCUUGUUGACGGGCAAAGCAGGAAUUGGAAAAUCCCUUUUUUGUCGGAAGCUGGUACGGGAUUGGUCGCAUAACCGAUUGUUUGAGGAAGGUCAAGAAAAUGCCAAAGUACCUGAUUUCCAGUUUGCGCUCUUGUUAACAUUCCGUCAACUUGUUCUUCCAGAAAAAAAAAUGCUUGACUUACGUGAUAUCUUAAGUCAGUCCUCCCUACUGAAUGAGCACUCGGUGAUAGACGAGCCAAUACUGCAGUACAUGAUUGAAAAUCCUGAGAAGCUGCUCAUCAUACUCGACGGGUAUGAUGAGUAUAAACAACGAAAGAAAAUCACCGGGGACUUUGAGACAAGAUAUUCAAACGACCCACAUCAAAAAAUACCUGUUCCUGCUCUGAUUGCCAAAAUCAUGAAAGGAGAGAUGUUAAACGGUGCAGUGGUCCUGAUAUCCUCGAGGCCUGAAGAAGCCGAGGAAUUAAAAAAAAUUGUCUUUGAUGUGAGAUGUGACAUUCAAGGACUUUCUUCACUUCAAGUGCUAGAAUACAUCGAAAAGUAUUUUAAAGAGAACGAAAGCAUGAAGAACAAAGUACUCGAUCACAUCAAAACGAAUGAAAUUCUUUUAAGUUUUGGUCACAUUCCUGUGAUGUGUUUUCUAAUGUGCUACUCUAUUAAGUGGUACAUGACUGAAUCAAAUACUACAGAAAAACUACCCGGCACAAGAACAGAACUUUAUCAUGAAGUAAUCAAAGUAUUUAUCAAGAAACAUUCCUCUUCUAAAUAUGAAGAAAUGGAAGAAACUAAAGUACAAGAAAUAUUACAUAAACUGGCUGAAAUAGCUAUGAAUUUAAUGAUGGAAGAUAAAUAUAUUUUCAACGAAAAUGAUAUGAAAAAAUUCAAUCUUAACGAUGAAGAAAUAAGAAACCUGAAAGCGAGUGGAUUACUUGACUGUUGUCCUGGCGUUAAAAAAUCUCCAUUCGAGAAACCACCACUUGAAUUUACGUUCACCCACUUAACGAUUCGAGAAUUUCUCUGUGCUUUUUUGUUCGUAGAGGAAAAACAAAUCCCAGAGAAAAAGAAAACGAGCGAUGUGACAUACAUGUUCAUGGCGGGAAUGUGUUCAAGAGAAAAAGAUGAAAAACUGAUGGAAAAGUUGUUAGAAAAUAUCAAACCAGGGAAUGAAAACGAUAAGAGAAAUAAACUGCUAACUUUAUGCUGUCUGUACGAGUACAAAGACGAUGGAUUUUCUACCAGAGUAAUAAAUAACCUUAAACACAUAUACUGU